AUAUACAGUGAUACAACUUUUUAUGACAUUUAUUAUUUAUUGUUGUUAUUUGGACAGCAGAGCAGUUGGAAAGGCAGCCUUGUGAUUUUAAUGAACCAAAAAGCUGAAACCCCAUAAGUCUGAAGUCUCCUCUUCUUACAUACUUUACCUUUUCAAUUCAAAUCUUCUGAUCUGAAUCAUGAAACGGCAAAGAGUGAAUAAUGAAGAGGAAGAAGAAGGUGGUCCUCCAUUGAUACCAGGUCUACCAGACCACAUAGCUCACCUAUGUCUCACACGAAUCCACCCUUCAAUUCUCUUCCCAAUCUGCCACUCAUGGCGCCGCCUCAUUUACUCCCCUUCCUUCCCUCCCUUCUCUUCUCUCUACGCCAUUCUCUCUCCUCAUCCACCGCCACCACCGCCACACCAUCCCACCAUCCAAUUCUUCAACUUCGAUCCAAUCUCAUCCCACUGGCACCCGCUCCCUCCGCCACCGUCUCACCCUCCUCUCCACCACCUCCACCUCCGCCACCCCUCCUUCCUCUCCCGCAACCUCUCUAUACAAUCCGUCUCCGCCGCCGGCUCUCUGGUUCUCCUCGCCGGCACCACCCACAACCUCUUCCCGGCCCUCCCUCGGCCCGUGAUCUUCAACCCGGUGACAAACUCAUGGGCCUUGGGGCCCAGCCUCACCACCCCACGCCGCUGGUGCGCAGCUGGCGUCUGCAGAGGCGCUGUCUACGUAGCCAGCGGCAUAGGGACCCACUUCUCCGUCGACGUAGCGCGGUCGAUGGAGAGGUGGGACACUCAAAAGAAUGGGUCUCAGUGGGAGAAGAAGACCAUGGUGAACGUUAAAGGCGAUGCAGCGAAAGAAGGGGUUGUUUACGAUGUUGAAGAGGAUCUUUGGAAGGAGAUGCCGGAGGGGAUGCUUGCGGGGUGGAGGGGACCGGUGGCGGCCAUGGAUGAAGAAGUGAUGUUCGUUGUUGAUGAAGUGAAAGGUGUUAUGAGAAGGUACGUUGAGGAACAAGAUUCUUGGGAAGAGGUUUUGGAAGAUGAGAGGCUCAAAGGUGCCGAACAGGUUUCUGCUGAGGGAGGUAGGGUUUGUGUCGUUUGCGGCGGUGGUGGCGGCGGCGGUGGGAUUUUUGUGGUGGAUGUAGUGGCGAGGCCUCGGAGGAUAUGGGUGGUGGAGUUGCCGGAGCGUUUUGAGGCUAUAGCUGUUCAUGUGCUGCCUCGGAUGCCCAUAACUGAUUUUUCUGUUAAAGCUUGAGUUUCUUUUUUUAAUUUUUAUUUUUCUUUUAAUUUGUGCAAGAGAUAAAAAAUGAAAAGUUAUUGAGAAUUUAUAAAUCUAACAUUUCCUGC